AUGUCGAUUUCUGAGACGGAUAGGGUGGCAAUCAAUGAGUUGAGGGAAGCUGUAAAGGAGCAUCUUACUCCCUACUAUGACACUGACUUCAAUCUUCUUCGUUGGCUUAAAGGCCACGAUUACAAACUGGAUGUAAUCAAACCAAAAUUGAUAAAUCAUCUUUUGUUCCGUAAAUCUGAUUGGGAUUUAGAUGCUCUUGCUGAGAAACCAAGAGAUCAUCCAGUUCAUCAUCACUGGAAGACUGGUCUCACAGGCGAAUCUGGAAUUAUCCCUAACACAAUUGUCAACAUUGAACAAACGGGAUCCAACGAUUACUGGGGAAUGCUCCAAUCUUAUCCAACUAAUGAAGUUCUGAGAGCUAGAGUUCACGAUUUGGAAAGUAUGCUGAAAGCUGUGAUGGAGUUGGAAAAGAAAACUAACCAACAGUGUUCAGUGAUCUACAUUAUGGAUUUGACCGGAAUCAAAUUCGAUAAAAAAACGAUCACACUUCUCACAGGAGGACUUUCUGCAAUUUCCGCUUUCAUGGCUGAACAUUAUGUGGAAUUAGUUCAUAGUUUUGUUCUUGUCAAUGUUCCAGCAUUCAUUUCUGCCAUCUGGACAAUUGCUAAGCCACUUCUGCCAGAGAGAACUCGCAACAAGUGUAACAUAUUGAACAGUGAUUGGAGAGUUGACGUGUUGAAAAUGGCAAAUGGAGAAUGUCUUCCAUCUUACUGGAAUGAUGAAGAAGAUGAUGGCCCAUUCACUGCUCCAAUCGAGAAAUGUGUUCCAUUCCCAGAGGAAAAUUAUUACAAGGGGAAGGUGCCAGAAAAUGCAGAACAUUUGUCAGUUUCUGCUGGAAAAACUGGAUUUGUGGAGAUAGAAGUGAAAACUGGUCAAACUCUCUCCUGGGAAAUCCAUACAAAUGGACAUUUUGCAUUUGCAAUUUACGAGCUUCCUCUUGUUCCAAAUAACUCUGAUGACAUCUCGAAUUAUACAAGAGUCUAUCCAUUGUUCAGCAAAAUUCCGGGACCAACCAUCGUUCCAUGUCUCGAUAAGAUAGAAUGUCCUUCUUCAGCAACCUACCGCCUCUGGUUUGGCAAUCAACAUGCCUGGUUUCACACGCUCAAAAUUGAUUAUGUUGUCAAAGUGGAAUGA